AUGUAUCAACCAUUGGAAAAGGAAAAUUUAUUCACGAAAUACAUCCGGAUAGGCGUGGUAGUAGCGGCCUAUUGGAUCAUUUCCAUUCUGACGGUAUUUGUGAAUAAAGCACUUUUGAGCGGGUUGAAGCUCGAUGCGCCGCUAUUUGUGACGUGGUUUCAAGUACUAACUUCCUCGUCAAUAUGUUUCACUAUGAGCAUGCUCGGCAAGCGCUAUCCACGCACCGUAUCCUUUCCCGAUGGUAAUCCUUUCGAUAAGGAAACUUUCCGCAAGGUGAUCCCUCUAUCAAUUCUAUUCACGGCAAUGAUUGCGACGAACAACCUGUGCCUGAAGUACGUCGGUGUUGCCUUCUACUACGUGGGUCGAUCGUUGACGACCGUCUUCAACGUGCUGUUGACGUACGCUUUGCUGGGACAAAAAACGAGCACCAAAGCGGUCCUGUGCUGUGUGCUGAUUGUGGCCGGAUUUUGGAUCGGCGUCGAUCAGGAAAGUUUAACAGAAUCAUUUUCGCUCAUCGGUACCAUAUUCGGUGUGCUUGGCUCGUUGAGUCUUUCGCUGUACUCGAUCUACACUAAGCGUACGCUGCAGUUCGUAAACCAAGAGGUGUGGUUGCUAAGCUACUACAACAAUGUUUACUCUGCGGUACUUUUCAUUCCACUAAUGAUCAUCAACGGGGAGGUGCAGGAAGUGUUGAACUACGAGCACUUAACUGAAGCUUGGUUCUGGGGUGUUAUGACGAUUGGAGGUGUUUUUGGGUUUGCCAUCGGAUUCGUCACGACUCUACAGAUUAAAGUUACCUCUCCGCUGACGCAUAACAUAUCCGGUACAGCAAAGGCGUGCGCUCAAACAGUAAUAGCGACGUCCUGGUACCAGGAAACAAAGUCAUUCCUCUGGUGGACAUCGAACGUGGUCGUGCUGCUUGGUUCGGCUUUCUACACACGCGUCAAACAGGUCGAAAUGGACCAGCUGCAUCGCGAACAAAUGAACAGUCAGAAGGUGUGA